AUGGAUCUCGCAUACGAUCAUAUAGCCGAAGAAGCUCUCCCAAAGGAUAGCCGCGAUAGUAACGGCGAAGGUACCGACCAAACUGCGGAAUCCUCCGAGAAGAAACCCGAACAUACCCUCAAUGAAGACCUUCAGGAAGCAUACCGUGCAUUCUCCAGCAGCACCUGGGGUACAUGGCUUGGUGGAACUGUUGGCAACGUAAUCAAACAGGGCGGUUCCGUCUACAGAGAAGCACAGCAAGAAGUCACCUCCCUCGGCGCCGAUGCCACUAGAAGCUUUGCGAGUCUCCGCGCUAGAGCGCUGUCGCUGACUACGUCACCCCCUCCCACGGAGCCCAAGGACCAACAAUCCGGCGAUAAGGAAAAAGAUACCGAGACUACCCCGACGACGUCCAAGGCCGGCGGCUCCGACGAAGCAGCUAAGGAUGCGGAAACCGUUAUAUCGCGAUUGAGGGCCGAAGCCGCGAAACGCUUGAAGGAUAUCCAACGUGCCGAGGAUGCUGCCGACGAGGCGCUCUUGAAGUUUGGCGGGAAUAUUCGAGAUUUCUUCCGUGAUGCUAUCGUUGUAAAAUCUACCCCCGAGUCCGAUGAUGCUAAGGGAACCACUCGCCGUUUCGAGAGUAAGGAUGAGUCCGGAAAGCGAGUAAUUCAUACUUCGAGAUUCGAUGCCCAGCUUCAUGUUAUCCACACCACCGAAAGGAGCUUCACCGAGGACCCGGCUAGUGCUGAAUAUGCCGCGUGGGCAAAGAACUUCGACGCGGAGAGCAAGACAGAAAAUAUUAGCGCCGAUCUAGCCAAGUACCCGGAACUACGAGCCAACAUGGAGAAGCUUGUCCCUGGCACCGUACCCUACGCCGACUUCUGGAAGCGAUACUAUUUCCUUCGACACAGUAUAGAGACUGCCGAAGCCCGUCGCCGUGAUUUGCUGAAGGCCGCAUCUGCUGAGGAAGAGAUUGGUUGGGGCGAGGAAUCCGACGAUGACGAGGAGGAGUCUGAAGAGGAGGAAGAAUCUGAAGAUGAGAAAGUACCAGCCAAGUCCACAGCCCAACUUACAGAAAGACCCGCAAGGCCACGCUCUACCGAAUCCUCUACGACAAUUCACCCACCUGCCGGUACCUCCAACAAGGGUCAUCUCAAACCGGCCGAACCCCGCAAAUCCGACGAGAAGUCACAAGCGGACAGUGACACCAGUUACGAUGUUGUUGGUGCGGCGUCCGGAAACCCAAGCCAGGCCCCUAGUAGCCCUAAGGAGGCCCGAAAGGUAGAGGAUAGUGACGAAGAUAGUGAGGAGGAUAGCGAUGACGAAGAAUGGGAGUGA